UGCCACCAAAGAAAAGAAGUCCGAGCAAGCUGGCCUAAUGGCUGGAUCAAAGCAAACACACCGUAUUCCCGCUAGAUAUCUCGCUAAGCAAGAGCUUUUUAAUAAUAAUCGCCAUGGCGCCAUGUUACCUCCUGCGCGUCCGGCGGUAGGGCUGCGAGUUGAUUAUAUAAUCGGUGCAUGCCACCCCCUCGUUUAUUCUUCCAGCUCCCGGCCAGCAUCCAUUCCCAGCCUCUCGAGAUCCAAGAAGUCCCGCACUAGCGGCGUACGGUGCCGUGUGUGUGUAGUAAGUACUAGGUACGUACGUGAUGGGCGACGACGGCGCCAAGGCGGCCACCACGACGAUCGUGCGGCUGCGGGAGCUGCUGCACAAGUGGGCCCUCGGCGCCAGGGGCGACGCCGACGACGGCGAGGAGGGGGAGGGGGAGGAGACGCACGCGCCGGCGGCGGGGGCGGGAGCGGGAGCGGGAGGUGCGCCGCCGUCGAUCCCGCCGUUCGUGCUGCGGCGGCUGACGAGGACGGUGACGGUGGACUCGGACGACGAGGGCUGCCACAGCCCGGAGGCGGCGCCGGACGUGCCGAGGGGUUACUGCCCUGUGUACGUGGGGCCGGAGCAGCGGCGGUUCGUGAUCCCGACCGGCUACCUGGGGCACCCCGUGUUCCGGCUCCUCCUGGAGAAGGCCGAGGAGGAGUUCGGGUUCCGGCACGAGGGCGCGCUGGCCAUCCCCUGCGACACCGAGGCCUUCAAGUACAUCCUCCAGUGCGUCGAGCGCCACGACAAGGGCCUCGCCGCCGACGACGUCGACGUCGACGAAGGGAACCUGCGCAGUGUGCUAGAGCCAGCGUCGUCAGUUCAUCAUGUUUCGUAGAUAGUGUGUGUAAUGAUGUAAUUUCUGUCUCUUUUUCUAAGGAAAGACCUAAAUAUAGGAUCAAGAAUUAAAUUGAUCCGUCAAAGUAGUUUGGGUGUAACUGGUUGUGAUCUAAGUAUGUUAGUACAGUUUGUAAUGGUAAUUGUUCUGGCUUUGCUGGGCUC